UCCACAGGUUUGGAAGUUGGUGGCUGUAGAGGCCUGGUCUAAGAGUAUUUUUCGUACUGUUUUCUCCACUCCUUUUCUUUGUGUUUGCCCACCCUUUGCAGCCCCCUGACCCCACCCCGCGCAGCCUCUGGAACUCGCGGUCUUUGAAAAGGAGGCCUCUUAAGACAUGACAGUCUCCCUCUAAGUAUUCUUGAGGCCCUCAGAAGGUUCUUAUCUUAAGAAGGAAAAGAAGGUAGUAAAAACAAGUUUCCCRAGUUUUUCUGGCCCUAAAUGGCUGCGGAAUCAAGAAAGCUUUCUUCAGCCCCAUCUCUACCUGACCAGACUCCUGAAGAAGACCUUGUAAUCGUCAAGAUAGAGGAAGAUCAUGAUUGGGACCCAGAAUCUAGCCUGCAUGAAAAUAACCCUCCUGGCCAAGAACUAUUCCGCCUACGCUUCAGACAAUUGUGCUACCAGGAGACUCUAGGACCCCGAGAGGCUCUGAUCCAGCUCCGGGCACUUUGCCAUCAGUGGCUAAGGCCAGAUUUGAACACCAAGGAGCAGAUUCUGGAGCUGCUGGUGCUGGAGCAGUUCCUGACUAUCCUUCCUGAGGAGCUGCAGACUCUAGUUAAGGAACAUMAGUUAGAAAAUGGAGAAGAAGUGGUGACCUUAUUGGAGGAUUUGGAAAGACAGAUUGAUAUACUAGGACGGCCAGUCCCAGCUCGAGCACAUGGACAUAGGGUACUCUGGGAGGAAGUGGUUCCUUCAGAAUCUGCACCAGAACCUCCAAGUACUCAGCUCCAACCUGUGAUAACCCAGCGUAAAUCACAGGACAGAGCCCUGUCUGCUUCCCAGAAUCCUACCUCUUCCCAAAAAGGAAGUUCCAGAGACAAGGAAGUAACAGCUACACUUCUCACAGCAGGGUUCCAGACUUUGGAGAAGAUUGAAGAUAUGGCUGUGUCCCUUAUUCGAGAGGAGUGGCUUCUUGAUCCAUCACAGAAGGAUCUGAGUAGAGAUAAUAGGCCCGAGAAUUACAGAAAUAUGUUCUCCCUGGGUGUUGAGACCAGGAAUGAGAACAAGGAAUUAGCUUCAAAACAGGUAAUAUCUACUGAAGUACAACCACAUGGAGAGACAGCUGCCAAAUACAACGGGGAUGUUAUCAGGGGUCUUGAGCAUGGAGAAGCCCAAGACCUGGGCAAAUUAGAGAGGCAGCAGGGAAAUCCCACACAAGAGAGACGACAUAAGUGUGAUGAAUGUGGGAAGAGCUUUGCUCAGAGCUCAGGCCUUGUUCGCCACUGGAGAAUCCACACUGGGGAGAAACCCUAUCAGUGUAACGUGUGUGGUAAAGCCUUCAGUUAUAGGUCCGCCCUUCUUUCCCAUCAGGAUAUUCACAACAAAGUAAAACGUUAUCACUGUAAGGAGUGUGGUAAAGCCUUCAGUCAAAACACAGGACUGAUCCUGCACCAGAGAAUCCACACUGGGGAGAAGCCGUAUCAGUGUAAUCAGUGUGGGAAGGCUUUCAGUCAGAGUGCAGGUCUUAUUCUACAUCAAAGAAUCCACAGUGGGGAGAGACCCUAUGAAUGUAAUGAAUGUGGGAAAGCUUUCAGUCAUAGCUCACACCUCAUUGGACAUCAGAGAAUCCACACUGGGGAGAAGCCCUAUGAGUGUGAUGAGUGUGGGAAAACCUUCAGGCGGAGCUCACAUCUUAUUGGCCAUCAGAGAAGCCAUACUGGGGAGAAGCCCUACAAAUGCAGUGAGUGUGGGAGGGCCUUCAGUCAAAAGUCAGGCCUUAUUGAACAUCAGAGAAUCCACACUGGAGAAAGACCCUAUAAAUGUAAAGAAUGUGGGAAAGCUUUUAAUGGGAACACUGGCCUCAUUCAACAUCUGAGAAUCCACACAGGGGAGAAGCCAUACCAAUGCAGUGAGUGUGGGAAAGCCUUUAUUCAGAGGUCAAGUCUCAUACGACAUCAGAGAAUCCACAGUGGAGAAAAAUCUGAAUCCUUAGGACCCUAUGACUGCAGAGAAUGUGGCAAAGCAUUUAGUGUUAACUUAGACCUUAUCAAAUAUCAGAGAAUCCAUAGUAGUGAGAAACCAUAUGAAUGUGAUGAGUGUGGGAAAUCUUUCAGUCUGAGUUCAGCCUUCAAACAUCAGAGAAUCCACACAGGAGAGAAGCCAUAUGAGUGUAAGAAGUGUGAGAAAGCUUUCUAUGUGAACUCAGCUCUUAUUAAUCACCAGAGAAUUCACUCUGGAGAAAAGAUUUAUGAAUGUGGAGAGUGUGGAAAAGCAUUCAGUCAGAUCUCAACCCUUAUUCAUCACCAGAGAAUCUAUACUGGAGAAAAACCAUAUGAGUGUGAUGAAUGUGGGAAAACUUUCUGGGCAAAUUCGGGUUUUAUCCAGCAUCAGAGAAUCCACAAGGGCAAAAAGCCCUAUCAGUGCAGCCAGUGCAAUAAGAGCUGCAGUUCUUGUUCAUUUCUUAUUGAGCAUCAGAGAAGCCACACAGGGGAGUGACCUCACCAGUGCUUAAAAUGUGGAAAAAGCUUUAACUGCCACUGCAAUCUUAUCCGCCAUCAGAAGAUCCAUUCUGGAGAGAAAGGUCAUCAGUGCCAUGAAUGUGGGAAAGUCUUUCAGAGAAGCUCACAUCUUGUCAGACAUCAGAAAAUUCAUCUUGGUGAGAAGCCAUAUCAGUGCAAAGAGUGUGGAAAAGUCUUCAGCCAGAAUGCAGGCCUUUUGGAACAUCUCAGAAUCCAUACUGGAGAGAAACCUUAUCUAUGUAUCCAUUGUGGAAAGAACUUUAGGCGUAGCUCUCACCUUAAUCGACACCAGAGAAUUCAUAGUCAGGAGGAACCUUGUGAAUGCAAGGAGUGUGGAAAAACAUUUAGUCAGGCCUUGCUCCUCACCCACCAUCAGAGAAUCCACAGUCAUUCCAAAAGCCAUCAGUGUAAUGAGUGUGGGAAAACCUUCAGUUUGACCUCAGACCUUAUUCGACAUCAUAGGAUUCACACUGGAGAAAAACCUUUCAAGUGUAAUGUGUGCCAGAAAGCAUUCCGACUUAACUCACACCUCAAUCAGCACAUAAGAAUCCACAACGAAGAAAAGCCCUAUGAGUGUAAUGAAUGUGGGGAAGCCUUCAGACAGAAGUCAGGUCUCUUUCAGCAUCAGAGACAUCACCACAAAGGCAAAAUGGCUUGAUGAGGUGUUCUCUUCCUGUAGAACAUCAGAAAGUAUACAUUGAGAAGCAAACAGCACUUUAGGAAAAGUUAUUCUGGCCAACAUCAGAAUUCUUAGGGAUUGUGUUGGAAGCUGUUUGCCUCCAUUCUCUGUCCUUUGCUUUCCUUGAAGUUAGUUUUGGAGCCAAAUAAUUUCACCCUAGACAGUAUAGUGAGAUCAGAGUUAAAUAGCAUUCUUUACUAUAAGACUUCUCAGAAUUUUUAAUGUGUUAAUGAAUUAUUAUGGAUCUCCAAGAAAUAGCCUCAUGACUAAGUGAGGUCUUUGAAAUUAUCAGCAAAUAUAAUGUCCACUGAUUCAUUAGACUUGUGUCAGUCAGGGGCAGGUUGAUAUUUUUUGCAAAUGAUAUAGCAACAGACUCCUAUAAAACUCAUGAUGUUUGGAAGUAUACCACUCUCAAAGUUGUCUUAAAGUAUGGGUUAAUAGUGAAUACUUUUCCCUAACAGGCUCUACCCCUCCCUCCCACUAGCCUUACCUUUAUCCCUCCAACUCUACCCCCCAUGCACAGAGGAAGCAUUUUGGAAAGCAAGGAUGAUCCUUUCCUGGUUAAUAGUAGAACUUGCCUUCAGAAUUAUGUCAUUUCAUUUUUACAUUUUCCAUCCCCACCCCAAUAUCUCAUUAAUUCAAGAUAUUAAUCAAAGUUUUACAAUCUGUGGAAGAGAUAUCACAUCAUUUUGAACUGUACUGAAUUAAUCCAAAUAGCAACUGUCUUACUUGGUAACUCCAGUGCCAGUACAGUAACUACUGCAUAUAUACUAUUCAAUAAAUAUCCACCGAAAGAUAUUAGACUUAUUCCCUUUAAUAUUGAUGAUGCAGUUUUUAAAUGUUGCUUGUUUUGGAAUUCUUUGAAAGUCAAAUAAUAAAAUCAUCUUGGAGAGAAGAUUAUGAUCUUUAUAUCAUGAAUAAUGAAGUUUCAUGAUAAUGAUAAAGAAUCUUAAGCUUAGAGUAGUCCAUUCCCAAGCAUAAUAAUAGCAUCACUAACCGGUCAGUAGUAGCUGCAUAAGGUACUGCUCUUUGGAGAAGCUGUCUUAGUUCACCAGUGUGGGAAAAUUAGUGAAUCCUCACAAUGCAAUGUCCACUAAUAUAUCCAUUGUGGAAAGAACUUUAGGCUCAGCUCUUAUCAGACAAUUGUUAACACCAGACAAUUCAGUCAAGAGGAACCUUGUGAGUGCAAAGAAUAUAAAAAAACUUUAGUCGGGUCCUUCUGUUCACUCACUAUCAGAGAAGCCAGUCACUCUAAAAGCCAUCAGUGUAAUUAUGGUUAAAUCUAGGUUCAGCUAGGCAUGGUGGUGCACACCUGUAAUCUCAGCCACUCAGGAGGCUGAGGCAG